GAUACUUUUGUUCAGCUCCUCUUAUAUAGAGUUCGUUGAGUAGGUAAUGAAUUUGUGCAUACCUACUUCUUGCUCCGUCCUAACAGAAGAAACCAUAGCUUGACCCCAUUUCAAAACAAGUUCCCCAUAGUGGACAAAGGAAUAGUGCCUUCUUCGCUACCAUCAACGAUAUAAAACCUAUAUAAGUCACUAGAUCAUCAUAUCCCAUUCAGUUUCGAAAUUAUUGAAUAGAAGAUUACACAGUGGAGGUGGCUGUGAAUGUAAAAUGAAACAGGUACUUGGGAUUAUAAUUACGACAAUAUUUUUCUGGUUCUUCUCAACCGGUGGAGCAUAUUCAAUUCCACAGCAGUACGACUACCAAACACUUAUUCACUCAAACAAUGACUACAUACCAAAUAUAUACGGGUCAUACAGAAGCGGCUGGAGAGGAAAUUAUCGGGUUCGUCCGUCAAUAGUUGCAACGACGGUUGUUGAAGCUGUAACAGAAAAAUCUCCAAAAGGAUGGAAAAGAGGAUAUGACACCUACAGGAGAGAAUCUUCUUAUGGAAAUGUAAAAGGCUGGAAGCUGAGAACUAGCAGCUAUUUUCGAUAAUAUAGACAUGCAUGUGAAUGUAAAAUGAUGAAAUGAAAUAUUAAAUAUCAUUGGGGGUUAC